CUUCUGCUUCUCUUCCAUUCCAUCAUCCAUGUGGGUUGCGGCUCAACUUCUUCCCACUGCAGCUUCCCUGCCACUUCCUCUCUUCCUCUCUCUAACUUCCUCUCUCUCAGAUGUAAUUUUUAAUUUUUGGAUUAAAAGAUUCGUUGGCUAGUCGUUCGUCUUCAUUUGGUCGGGUCAAGAAACAUGAUUCUGGGUUCGGCUUAGAGAUCAUAUAUCAAAAUCUUUUUCUGGGUGGAAGAAUGGUUGCAGAAUCAUGGUUUCGAACUCUGUGGAAGACUAAAAAGAAGCAUGAGGCUGCUUCUGAGAAUGCAGUGAUUGGAGUUUUGGCCUUUGAAGUCGCAAGCUUGAUGUCUAAGCUGGUCCAUCUAUGGCAAUUUCUGAGCGACAAACAGGUUGCUAGGCUUAGUGAAGAAAUCACAAAUUCAGUGGGCAUAAAAAAGCUUGUGUCAGAGGAUGAUGAUUUCAUUGUGGGGUUAAUAUGCGCUGAAUUGAUUGAAAAUAUGGUCCAUGUGGCAAAAUCUGUGGCUAGGCUUGCGAAGAAUUGUACCGAUCCUGCUUUGAAGAGUUUCGAGAAUGCGUUUACUGAUUGGAUAAAUCAUGGUGUUGACCCUUAUGGAUGGGAAUUUUCUUUUAAGCGAAUGGAAAGGAAAGCUAAGAAGAUGGAGAAGUUCAUUUCAGCAAAUGCAAAUUUGUAUGAAGAAAUGGAAGUGCUUACUGAGCUUGAACAAACUUUGAGGAGAAUGAAAGGAACCGAUGAUUUAGAUGGGUUAAAUUUAAUUGAGUUUCAGAAGAAGGUAGUGUGGAAGCGGCAGGAAGUGAAAAAUUUGAAAGACGUAUCUCUGUGGAACAGGACUUAUGAUUACAUAGUCAUCCUUUUGGCAAGAGCACUCUUCACGAUGUUCAGUAGGAUCAAGCAUGUCUUUGGAAUUCAACAAAUGGCAGACGCUGGUGCUACCAAAGAUUCUGGAAUUAUUAAUUCUGAUCACAUCAAUCGUAGCAAUUCAGUUUCUGCACUAAUGCAAUCUUCAGCGCGUCCAUCUGAGAAUGGUCUUCCAAGAUUUGCUUCAGGGCCCCUUGGGAGGUUUAGUAAUAUAUCAGGGCCAACACCGGAAACAAAGAAAACCAAUAAUUUCUUUUCCGGUCCACUUGGUGGCUCGAUUGCAAAGUCCGGUCCUAUUUCAGGAAAGAAUAGAGAUGUCAACUUUUACUCGGGCCCUCUUGGGAGGUCAACAACAAAAUCAGGCCCAAUUGCUGCAACAAAUCGAGCCGUUAGGAAGUUGUGGAAGUCUCAUGAUCAUUCACUCCCUAAUCAUGAGAAGAAACCGCAUACAAAGUCGAAUAGGUUGACUCAAGUUGGACCUUUCAAAGGAUGUAUGAUAACCGCAAACAGUUCACCUGUUGCCAAUUGCUACUUGAAUUCAGAUGGUGUUCGUUCAUCAAUUCUCAAUGUUGCCAGAGAUACCAGUGGCAACGUUCUAACCUCUGGCAACAAAUUUCAUCCUGGUCCAUCAAUCUUCAGUUCCAAGGGCAGGUUGUUGGAUGCUCCACCCGAAACCCUUGGUGCUGCUGCCUUAGCACUGCACUAUGCAAAUGUUAUUAUCGUUAUUGAGAAGUUAGUUGCAUCUCCUCACUUGAUUGGUCUUGAUGCAAGAGAUGACCUGUACAAUAUGUUGCCUGCAAACGUCAGAGCUACAUUGCGGGCCAGGUUAAAGCCUUACAGUAAGAGCUUGAGUUCAUCAGUUUAUGAUACAGUUCUUGCGGGAGAGUGGAACGAGGCAAUGGCAGGAAUAUUAGAGUGGUUGGCACCUCUUGCUCAUAAUAUGAUUAGAUGGCAAUCCGAAAGGAGCUUUGAACAGCAAAGCUUGGUUUCCAGGACACAUGUGCUUCUGGUACAAACCCUUUACUUUGCAAAUCAGCAAAAGAUCGAAGCAACAAUUACAGAGCUGCUUGUCGGGUUGAAUUAUGUCUGGAGAUUUGGCAGAGAAGUCAAUGCAAAAGCUCUAUUAGAGAGUGCAAGCAGUAGAAUGUAUGAUGAAUUUUUGGAUGUGGAUGGGUAGUAUAAUUUUCAGAUCGUGGAAACUACCAAAAUCUUGAUUCCACGACUAACCACGUUAAGCAAAUGCUUUUACAUGGCUAGUGAAUGAGAUUCCGAGAUGCUGUUGGACAGAUUGAUCAUUGUUUGGUCCUGGAGAGACAGCCGCUACUUUCAAUAUAGAUUGUAUUAGAAGUCAUCCUUGGUAAGAUAAAAGGUAGAGACCGGGCUUGCAAACAUUCAUUCUUUUGGUGAGUCUUCUGGCCAGUGGAAUAUGGCUUCUCUAUUCGUUUCUUCACACAGCAUGGUUUGCCCUAUUUAAUUAAGCUGUGUACGGUGUAUAUUUAUCAGCUAUACGUUUUUUUUAAUUUUUUUAAUAAUGUUUGUAAAUCUAGUGUAAAAGGUUUUCUAUCUGUUCGUUUUGAGCGAAUGUAUUGUGAUCGUGAGGUCAAGGGCAUAUAAACUAUAUAUAUCUUCGAUUUAUCGAUUGUCUCGAA